ACUCACACACACACGCGCACUCACACACACGCGCACUCACACACUCACACACACACGCCAGCGCGCUGGAUCAUCACAACCGCAGCCCCAGCCAGGCGGAUCCGAGCUGCUGCAGUGUUCCCCAGCCCGGCAUCGUGGGGCGAAGCGGAGCUUUGUGUACCGGGGACCUCCGGGUGCCCGCUGGCCGCCUCGGUUGCAGAGCCCAGCAGACCGCUCCCGGCACCGGCUGGAAUGCUUUUGGAUUCCUCUGACUUCUUCUAAGACUGAGACCCUGAGGACCAGCUGGAGAUGCCGUCUGAACGCUGCCUCAGUAUUCAAGAAAUGCUGACAGGCCAGAGGCUCUGCCACUCCGAAUCUCACAAUGACACUGUCCUGGCAGCGCUGAAUCAGCAGAGAAACGACGGCAUUCUCUGUGAUGUGACCCUGAUUGCAGAGGAACAGAAAUUCCACGCUCACAAGGCAGUCCUAGCAGCCUGCAGUGACUAUUUCCGGGCCAUGUUCAGCCUUUGCAUGGUGGAAAGUGGAGCUGAUGAGGUGAAUUUACACGGUGUGACCAGCCUGGGCUUAAAGCAGGCUCUGGAGUUUGCAUACACAGGACAGAUUUUAUUGGAGCCAGGAGUGAUCCAGGAUGUGUUGGCAGCUGGCAGUCACCUGCAGCUUUUGGAGCUUCUCAAUUUGUGCUCCCACUAUCUUAUCCAGGAACUAAAUAGCUUUAAUUACUUGGAUCUGUACAGACUUGCUGACCUCUUUCACCUCACUUUGUUGGAGAAGGCAGUGAUUGAUUUCCUAGUGAAACACCUCUCAGAGCUCCUGAAGAGCCGCCCAGAGGACGUCCUCACACUGCCCUACUGCCUGCUGCAAGAGGUGCUGAAGAGUGACCGCCUGACUUCCCUGAGUGAGGAGCAGAUCUGGCAGCUAGCUGUGAGGUGGUUGGAACACAAUUGCCACUGCCAGCACAUGGACGAGCUCCUGCAGUACAUCCGCUUUGGCCUAAUGGACGUGGAUACACUCCACACCGUUGCACUGUCCCACCCUCUGGUCCAGGCGAGUGAAACUGCCACCGCCCUUGUCAAUGAGGCCCUGGAAUACCACCAGAGUAUCUAUGCACAGCCUGUGUGGCAAACCUGCAGGACAAAACCACGCUUCCAGUCAGACACUCUGUAUAUCAUUGGUGGGAAAAAGCGUGAGGUCUGUAAAGUAAAAGAACUUCGGUACUUCAAUCCUGUGGAUCAGGAAAAUGCCCUCAUAGCCGCCAUUGCCAACUGGAGCGAGCUGGCUCCCAUGCCUGUGGGAAGGAGCCAUCAUUGUGUGGCCGUCAUGGGGGACUUCCUGUUUGUAGCAGGAGGGGAAGUGGAGCAUGCCAGUGGCCGGACGUGUGCAGUGAGGACUGCCUGUCGCUAUGACCCUCGCAGUAAUUCCUGGGCAGAGAUAGCACCCAUGAAAAACUGUCGAGAGCAUUUUGUGCUGGGUGCCAUGGACGAAUACCUUUAUGCAGUUGGGGGCAGAAAUGAACUGCGCCAGGUUCUGCCUACAGUUGAGAGAUAUUGCCCCAAGAAGAACAAAUGGACUUUUGUGCAGUCCUUUGACCGAUCCCUUUCGUGUCAUGCUGGAUAUGUGGCCGAUGGUCUUCUUUGGAUAUCAGGUGGAGUAACUAACACAGCACAGUAUCAGAACAGACUAAUGGUAUAUGAACCGAAUCAGAAUAAGUGGAUAAGCCGCAGCCCCAUGUUGCAGAGACGGGUCUACCACUCCAUGGCUGCUGUCCAGAGGAAGCUUUAUGUUCUCGGAGGCAAUGACCUGGACUACAAUAAUGAUCGCAUUCUUGUGCGCCACAUAGAUUCUUAUAACAUUGACACUGACCAGUGGACACGCUGUAAUUUCAACUUGUUGACUGGCCAGAAUGAGUCUGGAGUUGCUGUCCAUAAUGGAAGAAUAUACUUAGUUGGUGGGUAUUCAAUUUGGACCAAUGAGCCCCUGGCUUGUAUCCAGGUAUUGGAUGUAAGCAGAGAAGGCAAAGAAGAGGUGUUUUAUGGGCCUACACUUCCUUUUGCUUCCAACGGAAUAGCAGCUUGCUUCCUUCCAGCCCCGUACUUUACAUGCCCUAACCUUCAGACUCUUCAAGUGCCUCAUCACAGGAUUGGCACCAUCUGAAAAUCCAAUGCUCUUUUAGAAACCAUCAACAGGAGACAGAAAAAGAGCUUGACUUUUCGAUAGUGGACAUGACAGUUUUCAGUGCUCAAUGUGUCCGUUUUGUUUUACAGGUCUAAUAUUCUGAUAAAUAUUAGCAAAAAAAAUGAACAGUUUUCUAAAACACAGUGAGAAUCUUGUCACUCUUUUCAGUGUAUGUCAACAUACAAUAUGUAUGACUUUUACGGGGUGUAACGUUAAGUGCUAUCCUAAUGACACGUUACUAAUUCAUGGGUCUUUGAAAUAUUCCUGUGUCCAUUUUUCUAAUCAGUGCUGCCCAGAAGCACAUGACACAGUAAGGCGGCUCUCACAUGUGGUAACAAUUAUCUUUCAAUCUUCUGUACUUUCUUCUUUUACCAUUUAAAUCUCAUCUUGUGUUUUUCCGAUUUUACUAUUAUGUAGCUCUGCUCAGUAGAGGUUCAACAUCAUACAUUUUUAAGUGCAGUAUUGUAUUCAAGGUGACAGGAAUAACAGAACUUGGAACACUUAGAUGUUCAGCCUUGACCACUCUGACCUCCUAUCAGAACUUUUCAGUGUGUCAGUUCCCUCACCUUUGAGGAGGAUAAUGACUGAUUUCCACAUUAAUUCAAAAGAAUACCAUGAGGGUUAGGCAGAUAAAUGCUCAGAAAGUUGCCUAGGAAAAAAGGGUCACCCAGAUUCUAAGGUGUUUUACUGUCUUUAGAACCCUGUAACAAAAGCAUAUUAUUUUUAAGUUUAUAAAUUUCAGUAGAACUUGGAAAACAUGCUGUAAGACUAAAGAAUUUGAAAGCAUUUGGAAGAGACCACACCUUAGGAACACCAAAGAUACUUAAACUUGUACAAAUUCUUGCCUCAAAUAAUUCUUAAAUGUCUCAUCUUAAACCACUUAGUGCAAAAAUAUUUUAAAGUUAAAAAAAUUAGCUGUACUAACCAUGGCACCAUAGAAUGCUUUGACAUAAAUCUGAAAUGAGAAUUGGCAGUUCUAAUACACAUUUUCCACUUUGUUAAAGGUUAUGUCAAUUUUGAGUGCUUGUGGGAUUCUCCACCACUGCCAAUACAUAUUUUAUUACUACCCUUUUAAUAAUGCAUAAGAAUUCUUUUUUAGUCUCGAUUUUUAGGUUUGCUUUGUCGACAACAAUAAAAUAAAGCAACUUAAUCACAUUUCAACCUAAAUUCAACAACUGUAACGUCUGUUUUUUCCUUAUGUUGCCAAAAUGUAAGGUCAUCCUUAUUAAAAGGCAGACUACUUGCUCUCAGCUAUUUAGUUGUUUUUAACAAUGCUUCUCUUAGGGGAAGUUUUCAUUUUACUCAUGUAGCCAUUUUUUUAUUUGGAUCAAAAGUAAAUGAAAGAAAGAAUUCCUUAUGUUUUUCUAUUUGUUUAUUUGAGACAGGGCCUUACUAGAUAGUCCAAGGUGCUUUUCAAUUGGCUAUGCAGUUAGGCUGGCCUCCAACACGUGAUCUUCCUUCUCCUUCCCUAACAAAAUAGCUUCUUAACCUUAUCAAAUUCACUAAUUUAUGCACUGUUAUAAGACACCUAAAACAUUUAAAAAAUAUCUCUGAUUGUUGGGGUUGAAGGAGAAGAGGGGACACUCAGGGAGAAGAACAGGUAAAGAACAGGUGUUUAGACAGCUGUCCGAAUUUGGACAGUUCAGAGCAUUAGUGCUGACACUGUUAGCGGGCACAGAACAGUGAGAGUGACUACCACCCCUCCAAGGUUCAGGGACUUUUGCAGAAGAGGCUGGCAGGAAGAACUUAAGAGCCAGAGGAAG